AUGUUCUCGCGUGCAACUAUCGUCAUUCUCGCACUUUGCAUAACUAUAGCCGUAGCCUGCCAUGGCGGAAGUCACCCCAAGUCACAUGGGUCGAAAAUAAAAAAGUGCAAAUCGCAUGGAAAGGGUAGUGGCAGCGAGAGUCAUGAAGAGGAUUGUGUCACAAAGUACGAAGGCGACUACGAAACAACCUAUGACACCGAGAACACCGACGACAAAGAUAUUAACGUGAAGGUUACCGUAUCUCCUGGUCGGCGAUAA